CAGAUAUAUUCGUGCUCGCACGCAUCUAAUGCAUUCAAAUUUCCGUGCCCGAGCAGGCAGGAGCGGGCGGGGAAUAGGAGGGCACCAGCGAAUGCAGCGCGAGCCUCCUGAACGUUACGGUUUUGGGCUGCGGUUUCUCCAUGGUGGAGGGGAUGCUCUUCAUCCUCCUCCGGGAGAUGGAGGCAUCCACUCUCCUAUGCGGUUUCUCGGUUGUCGUCACAGUGAUAUUCGAGUUGCCAAUUUUUGCGUACGCGAAGCCUCUCUUGAGGCGCCUGGGCAACCAGAACAUGAUUUUGUUGGGGCAGGCCGCGUGGGUGGUGCGGGCCCUUUUCUAUUGGAGGAUGUCGGCUGCUUGGUCCGUCCUGUUAAUCGAGCCGCUCCACGGCAUUACGUUCGCACUUGUGUGGACUGCGGCCAUUGACCACGUAGCGCAGCCGGGCGUGUGCGGCGAGGGCCUCGAGGCGUCCGCCCAGGGUCUGCUGUCCAGUUGUUUCAUGGGCGUCGGGCCGAUAGUGGGUUUGUUGUUGGGCGGCGUGCUCUUUGACAAGCUAGGCGGGCACGUGGCAUACUCAAUUUUCGCAAUUUGCGUAUUUUCGCUGGGCUCGUGUAUUGGCAUUACGGCGACCGCGAGGCUUCCAAGACGAACUUGCCUACAGAAGAGGUCGACCCUGAUAUCGUUGGCAAGAUGCCGACGCAGCCUUACGAUACUUAAGCAUUGUCCAGUGAUGCGUGAAUCGUUUGUGCUUGGCUUCUGAAGGGUUAUUGGCGGUAGGUUCUUUAAUUCGAAGGCAUCAGCAUCCUGCAUGUGACGCCUCACUUGGAGCAUGUAUGUUCGGUUGAUUGAUGUGCAUUAUUUUUGGGCGUGCUUUGAAAAGCCGGUCCGCUUCUGACGUAAGGUUCAGUCAGUUUUCGCUCGCGUUCCAUGGCUUACGUCCCCGACUGCAGCCAAAAUCACCUAGCAUUAGUUGGUUGCAUUAUUUUGCGCAUUUGCCAUCUUGGCUGUUUUGCUACAGCUCCCGACAUACCCACUAGUUUCGAGUUGCCUUGAGUUGUUUCAGCAAAAGACCACCAUGUCCGAGGGAGACAACGUAUCGGUAAUAUGCCCAGUGGAAAUGGAUGCGCGUCGAUGCGCGUCGAUGUCGACGCUACCCUGAAGCGGCCGCACAUUGUAUUGGACACCUGUGGAUUUCGAUGCACUCGACACGAGAAUUGUAGGUGUUGGGCGUGCACUCGAAGCAUUACUUUGUGGAAAAUAGAUUCCCCGACAGUGACGCCUGUAUCGUGCUAUGUGUUUACGCUGCCAGGGUGGGAUUCGCAAAGUCUUGCCGCAGAAGUACAGAGUGUUGCGUAAGUCAUGCAAGGGGAGCCGCUUCAGGUUGUGAUAGACAUUGGCCGUGGAAAUAGAAAGCCGAGUCAUGCCUACAAGCCAUCUGUUUUGUGAGGUUUGCUCGAUAGCGUGUUUUUGCGAGCCAACGGCAUUCCGCAGAACCGCCGCACGGGUUUGUUAGCAUCGGAUGUUGGAGGUGAGAUCGAAGCGGCAUGGAGACCCCCACAGGGAAAUCCCUUUCGGCCUCGUGUCUGCGUGGGCGGGCGAGCGCAAUGACAUCGUCGUUGUGAGGGCGAGCUCGGGCCAAAUGUUGUUCCCCCUCCGGUUGGCCAGCGGUGGCCC